AUGUGGGAAGCAUUUGGAUUUGUGGAGAAGCAUCUGCUCUGUAAUCUAAGCCCCUCUCCCAUCUUUCCCGCCAACAUUUUGGCUUUGGCAAUAAAUAUGUUGGAAAUGGACGUUCCUGCGUACAUGGACCUGUACCCUGUACCCCUGCGGCUGUUCGUUGACCCUUCUUCCACUUCGUUGUCAAUCGAUUACAGGGAGGAGGCUACCGAGCCCGAACCUGCUCAUAGGUAUGAUCUAGACUCAGGGGAACGUUGUCAUGUGCUGUGCGCCGGGAAUGUAACACUGUCAAAACAUUGUACCAAAGUACAACAAAUGGAUGGUAGUUUAGUGGAGGAGGUGCUGGCGCUGCUGGUCGCCGUGGCGCUAGCCGCCGCCGGCCGUGCCGACGCGCGCCAGGAGGCGGAGCAGGUGCAGCAGUCCAUCCUGUCGGCCUCGGCCGAGAACGACCUGAGGCGCACGCCGAUCAACCUGAACCCGUACCUGCGGCGGUCGCUACUGCGCGCACUCUACCACCUGGAGGCCGAGUACCAGCAGCAGCAGGCGCUCGAGGCGGGCCGCGCGCUCACCAACGGCGUGCCCGUCAUCGGCGAGUACCACCGCACGGCGCCCGCCGUCCUCAAGGACCCCGCGCUGCGGCGCGCCCUGCUGCGCGUCCUCAUCCACCUGGAGGCCGAGGACCUGGACAAGCGGGCGCGCGAGGAGGCGCAGGAGCUGAACGCCAAGGAGCGGCAGGCGCUGCGCGAGCAGCAGGAGGAGAACAACUUCCUGCGCAACUACAUGGACGAGAACUUCCCCACCGACAGCCCGCCCGCGCACAACCAGCAGCAGCGCGACAUCGCGCACAUGGCCGAGUACAUCAAGUUCGCCAACGACGUGAACAGCAACCCGCCGGCCGCCGCUGCCGUGGCCGCGCCCGUCAGCGCGCCUAGCGCUCCGCAGGCCAACAACUACCAGCAGCAGCCCGUGGCCACCGCGCAGCCCAGCCAGGACCAGCAGUACAACGGCCACCAGAUACCUUACAACAUGCAGCAGCAGCAGGAGCAGCAGCAACAGCAGCAACAGCAGCUUCACGACCAGUACAACCAGAACUACAACACAGAGCAGCCGCAACAGCAGCAGCAACAACAACAACAACAGCAGCAGCAGUACAAUGAGCCCGAGCUGCAGACGGCUCUGCCCUCGCAGAACUACGACGACACCCGGCUAGCCCUGAACUUCCAGACGGACUACACGACGCUAGACCCGUACCUCAGCAACCACAACCUGAACGCCACCACCGAGCAGCCCAUUCAGACCACCACCGACUACUACCAGACGGCCAACCCGACGGACGAGUACCCGUCGACCGUCGCGCCCCCCACCGGCCCCGCCCCGGUGGCGCCCACCGCCCGUCAGGUGGACGGCUUCUUCUUCCAGAGCCCUGACCCUCUCGCGGACGACAACAACAACAGCAUCGGCAAGGGCCAGGAGCAGCGCAGCGUCCAGGGCGGCGCCAGCGCCAACACAAUCCCCACCGCCGAGACGCCUGCCGACACCACGGUGGCCUUCACGACGCACGACACGACCCUGGACAGCACCACGCCCACCACGCCAAAGCCCACGGCCACCACCGAGGACAUCAAGAUUUUCCAGGCGCCGCUGCUCGCCGCCUUCACGCUGCACCAGGACGCCCACGGCACCCCGCAGCGCAUCGUGCCGCUGUACCGCAAGGCCGCAACGGCCGCCGCCACCGCGCCCGCCAAGCUGGACGACGAGCAGGAGCUCAAGCAGCAGCAGCUGCUGCUGGAGGAGCAGCUGCGCCGACUUCAGGAGCUGCAGGCCAAGCAGCAGCAGCUGCUCAAGCUGCAGCAGUUCCUCACGCAGGAGCAGGAACGUCAGCGCCAGCUGAAGAAGGCUCAGCUCGCCAAGGCCUCUGCUACUGCCCCGGCGCAGCAACAGCAGCAACACCACCACCAACAACAACAACACCAGCAACAACAACACCAGCAACAUCAGCAGCAACAACAGCAGCAACACCAGCAGCAACAGCAGCAACAGCAGCAACAGCAGCAACAGCAGCAACAACAGCAGCAACAGCAGCAACAACAAGAUCAACAUCAGCAACACCACCAUCAAAUCCAGCAGCAGCCGCAUAGUUCACAGAGCAGGGUUACGGUGCCUUCCAUAGCGGACUCCACCUUCAUCACGCAGCCGCCCACGACAGUGCUUCCGCCGACAGCUCAGCCCACCCUGGUCGCCCAGAGCUCGACGCCCGAGGCCGCCGUGCAGAUCCACCACUCGCAGGGCGACACGGAGCGCCAGAAGCAGAUCGAGGAGUACGACAAGCAGCGCCAGCUGGAGCUGGAGCGCGCGCGCAAGCAGGCCAUCCUGGAGGCGCUGGAGCGCGAGCGCCAGCAGAAGAUCAUCGAGGCGGAGAACGCGCGCCAGCGCCAGCUGCAGCAGUUCUACGAGGAGCAGCACCGCCUGCGCCUGCAGGAGCUGGAGCGGCAGCGGCUCGCGGCGCUCGAUCUCACCUUCCAGCGCAGCGUCGAGUUCAACCCGCAGCAGAUCGCGCCCGCCGCCACCUCGCCCGCCGCCGGCCCCGCUCCCGCCGCUCCCGUGGGGCCGGCCCCCGCGGCCGCCUCCGCGCCCCGCGAGCCCUCCGAGGAGCAGCGGCUCACGUACCGCAGCUUCCAGCAGGAGCCGCCCCCACUGCCCGCCAACUUCAACAACAACAACCUGUUCAACAACAACGUGUUGUUCCCGCCGCAGCAGCAGCCGCCCAACAACGGCUUCCAGCAGAACUUCCAGCCGCAGGGUGCCGAUUUUAACGGCUUCCAGCAGUUCCCGCCUUUCCAGGCCUCGCAGCCCGAGCAGCCCACCAUCCAGCCCGCUAUUCAGGUGUCAUCGCAGUCGUUCUCGGCCGUGGCCCCCCAGCAGGCGCCGCCCCUGGUCCAGCAGCCCCAGCAGCAGCAGAUCAACUCGAGGCCGCACAGGCACGAGCCGUUCGGCUCCACCGCCAACUUCGGCUUCAACAACUUCGACCAGAGCAGGAACCUGUUCUUCAACAACCACCACCAGCAGCUGCAGCCGCACACGCAGCGGCAGCGGGGCCUGGACGGCCAGCUGCAGACGCUGCUGCACCAGUCGGGCAUCUCGGCGCCGCAGGAGGACCUGAACAUCGUGUCCAAGGUGCUGGCGCUCAACCCUGAGCGGCCCGACCAGCUCGUCGGGCUGUUCUAGACGCACGCGCCCCUCGGCCCGGCCGCGGCGGGGCCCGGCGGAGCCAGGCGGAGCCCCAGCACAGAAUGUCCCGGUUGCCCUCUGCUUUAGUAAUUAUUUUCGCGAGAUGGUAAUUAUCGCGCACGUCCCGACCCUCCACAGCCGUACAAAAUGCAACUCGGGAAUUUUAUGCUUGGGUUCCCAGCCGCGGGUUGCCCCGCCUCGUGCCGGCCAGGGUCCCGUGAAACUGAAACGCCAUUAUGCUCAAACUCCACCGAGGCGGAAACAACUUCUUCUCCUCCUCCGUCCUGUUUGUCCCCCGCCCGCCCUAUUUCAAAUUCGCACACAAAGCAACUGUCGCAAAGGGCUCCGGGCCUCGCGGUGCCACGCCUCGGCGCUGCUCCGACUUGAGGGGACUACCUAAAAGUUUGUCAAUAACCCAACCUUGAGCCGUCACCGCCCAUAACUAACCGAGCGGAGGUGACCGACAACGCGUCGAUGAAAGGCGCGGCCCAACUUAUUUCCUCCCGACGGUACCUUUGACGAGAAAUGAAGUUGCCGACUAAAUUAAUCACCACCGCCACUUUCUUGUGAAGUUGUUUCCGCCUCGUUGUGUAAACUUCGUGCGCCGCGCCGCCCCUUCUAUUUAUAUCGUGACUAUCUCUCAGCGCCGCUCAUACGAUACGAUGAGUGCGUGCAAUUAAGCCGAGUCCAGCCUGGUGACCAGUUUAGUUUGAUCAAACAACCUCCCCCUUCAAAAGUUGGUUUGAAAUUAUGUAUUCCUAAAGAACACACACGAAUGACCUUUUUUUGCGAUCUUACACAAACCAAAAUUUCUCAUCGAUUCCAAAAUUCUAGUUUGAUCUACUUUGUACCCAAUGAUAAGUUGACUGGGUAUGUACGCUGCUCGCUGGUUUAAAUGUGUGGCUGUUUAUCAGUUUAAACAAAAAACUCGUGUCAGACAAAACCUGUGACAACAACCUUUUCAAGAACGAAGUACUUUGCCAUCGUGUUUUCACUACAUUUUUUGUCAGGUUAUUUGAAUAAGAUUUGACAAAAGUGGUUGUCGGAUCGUUAUUGUAAGUCUGUAUAUAUUUAUUUAUUGCAAACGAUUUAACGCGGGAAUUAACGCAUCUACUGUUGACCCUUCUUCGACGGGCACUUUUCUUCAGUAGUCUGCAGAUUAAUUGCGGAGCGAGCGAGAGAGGAGCUGACGGUAUUGUUUAAAGCAAACCCAGGCAGCGCCGUGAGAAAAUGAGCGUUUGAUUUCUACUCUCUCCGCCUUCCUUUUGCACUCAACGUUAUUUUAAUUUUCCCUCUACGGACGCAAACUCGUUUUUCAUCGCGCCCAAAGUCUUUUAAAAUAACACUAGCGCCAUUUCAAAGAGUAGAAACCCUCCCUGUGCACAAACUCGUCGUUAUGCGCCUCGCGCCUCCGCUUCACGUGGCACCUUUGAACUAAAUUUAUCGUCAUGCAACAGAGGAAAGGGAGAUGGAAUGGAGACAAGGAGGAAGGCAGUGAGAGAGAGAGAGGAUGACGGCAAGUUUUUGCCUGCUGCCCCCGUACUAUCAUCUGACCACCACAGCGAGAAAGGAGAGGAAGGA